AAAGGAAUACUUUCGUGUCCAAUCAGCUGAUAUAUAAACAAAAUUGGUUAAAUUUGUUUUUUUUUUAUUUAAUUCUAAUCAUAUAACAGGAAGUAAAUUGAUUUCCGUAGUAUUUUUCUAUCUGAUUCAUUAUUUGUAUGUGCUUAAGUGGUUCAAAGUUCUUCAAUAGCGUGAUGAUGCACAUAGAAAUGAAAAAGGAAAACAUGGCGAAACAACGUGUGAAAUGAUUAAAAUAUAAAUUUAAAACGAAUAAUUAUUUGAUCGGAAUGACAACUAACGAAGAAUCUGUAGAUGACAGUCUCUUAGAGAGAUUCAUCAAAAGUGACGAAAAUAAGGUUGUGAAUUGUCGAAGUAGUAUAGACAAUAUUGAAGGGCACAAAUUACGACAUGGAACGGACAGUUUUCCAAAUAUUAAUGAAAGACCGGUUGAUGAUAUUUCCAUCGAAUUUUUUUAUAAACCACAUAGCAUUACACUUCUUCUCAUUUCAAUCGGUGCUGUAAUAUAUUCCGCAUUCACUAGGAAUACUACUAAUGUUGAGGACAAUAUUUGGGCUGGAAUAUUAUGUAUCAUAUUUUUCUUUCUGAUUAUAUCUAUACUUACAUUUCCAAAUGGACCAUUUACGAGACCUCAUCCUGUUGUAUGGAAACUUGUAUUUGGUUGUAGUGUAUUAUAUCUAAUGGGUCUAUUAUUUAUGCUAUUUCAAGAUUAUGAAACAGUUAGAAAAAUCUUUGUUUGGAUAGAUCCUAGUUUGGCAUCGUUUCAUAUUGAUAUGGAUAAAGAAUAUGGUGUUAAUUGUUCAGAAAUUACAAUUGAGAAAAUAUGGAAUCAUUUAGAUGUUUUUGCAUUAGCUCAUUUCUUAGGAUGGACUUUUAAAGCAAUUCUUAUUCGUCAUCUUGGUAUUCUUUGGGCUAUUAGUAUUAUGUGGGAAGUAACAGAAAUAGCAUUUGCUCAUUUAUUACCAAAUUUUGUGGAAUGUUGGUGGGAUGCUUUUAUACUUGAUGUUGUUGUCUGUAAUGGUUUGGGUAUUUGGGUUGGAUUAAAAAUUUGCUCUCUCUUAGAAAUGAGAGAAUAUAAAUGGGUAAGCAUUCUUGACAUUGAGAGCACUACUGGAAAAUUAAAGAGAGCAAUGCUACAAUUUACUCCUGGUAGUUGGACUGCUGUUAGAUGGUUGGAUCCAACAUGUACAUAUAUGAGAUUCGUUGCUCUGUGUCAGUUGGUUAUAUUCUGGCAAGUUUCAGAGCUCAAUACAUUUUUUUUGAAACAUGUGUAUGAAUUUCCACCCUCUCAUCCAUUUGUUGUGGCAAGAUUGGUAUUAAUUGGAGUAAUAGUUGCACCUUCUGUUAGGCAAUACUACAUGUAUGUAACAGAUCCAACAUGUAGUAGAGUAGGGACUCAAUGUUGGGUUUAUGGUGCAAUUAUGGUUACAGAAGCAUUACUAUGUAUAAGGCAUGGUGCUGCAUUAUUUGAACGUACUCAAGCAUUAAAUAUUCUUCUAUGGCUACUUUGCCAAUCUCUAGUCUCAGUUCUUUGUGUUUAUGGCUGUGUUUUAUGGCAUCGGUACUUUGAGACAGAAAAGAAAGCUACUUCAAAACAAUGUAUUACUCAACUAGACAACAGUCAUCUGGAUGUAACCCUUAGCAGUGGAAUUGAUCUGUAUUCUAGGAGACAUGAUUCAUUCUACAAAAUCUAUGGAUUUAUUGGAAAAAAAACAAUUAUAAACAAUUAUGAGCAAGGAAUAUUUAACUAAAGGGUGAAUUAUUUAUAUUAUUAAAUUUUCUAGUCACAUUAUAUCAUCGUACAAUAGAAGUUUUGGAUGUAAUGGAUUUAAUGAAUACAUGAGUUUGUCUGGUUUUUGAAUACUGCGCUCGUUUGCGCGUGAAUGUUAUGAAAAAAAUGUUCCUGAGAAUAAAUGAAAAGCGUUGUUACCACUUAACUCACGUUUUUUUAUAAAAAAAUAUUUGUUAUAUUAUUU